UUGUGGAAAUAAUGAAAACAACAGAGUAUGGCUUCUCUUCACCCCUAGAGAUGGCUAUUACUCUGAACAACAGAAUGGAGCUGGAGAACAUCAGAAACCAGUUUCAUGAGAUUCUCCAGCAAGAGGAGAAGAACUCGGACAAUUUUGUCAAAAUCUUGAAGACUAUGCCUAAAGAGAUGAAGGAAAAACUGGAACUAUCUUUUGAAGACCUUCUAGCUUUGUGUAAAAAUAAGCUUGAGGGAGAUGAGAAAAAAAAGCAGGAAUUCCUUAAUUUAUUGUCAAAUCAGCUCCAGGAGGAUUUAGAGAACUAUAUUUCUGGAUAUGAAAAGAAGUUCAAGACUAGUGCCAUCAAAGCUGGAUGUGCUGUGGGCGCAGUGGGGAUUGGCCUUGCUGGAGCUGUGGUAGGUGCUGGCAUGGCUACUGGUGCACUUCUCUCUGCUGGGGCUGCUGCAGUAGCAGUCGGGGCAGUGGCUAAGGCAAGCAGUUUUGGUAGGAGGAGGAGUAGCCGGGUCCAAACUAGGGAGUAUGUUUUGCGGAAAAAAAACAAAUCUGCAGAUGGUCACUGAGGAAACAGAAACAGGGGAAGAAGAUUUUCUAGACGACAUCCAGGAUAUUGAGCAAGUGACUUUACUGUGAAGAGCAGCUGAUAAGAAAACUAAAUAAAAAUAUUCUUUCUAUUU